CUAGAAGAAAAAUGUUAGAUAUUAUGACUUUUAGCAGGCUAUCUCUCCUCUUUAUACCAUUCGAGCUUCCACUCUAAUGGCUACCUCUCCUCUCUCCAUUCCUCUCAAUGUUAUCAACUCUCAUCAUGCCAUUGCCAACCCCUUUGUUCCAGAGGUUGUAACAGCAGUAGAUGCCUUACAUUUAGAGUUUAGGGCUGUGGAUAAUUUGGUUGCCUGCAAUACUACCCGUGUCCUUAGAGCUUUUCAGAAUGCUCGAGUUGGAUCUCAUCACUUUGGUGGUAGCACUGGUUAUGGUCAUGAUGAAGCUGGGGGUCGAGGUGCUCUUGACCAGGCUUUUGCAGAAAUUGUUGGGGCUGAGUCAGCUAUUGUUCGUUCCCAGUUCUUCUCAGGUACUCAUGCUAUCACAUGUGCUUUAUUUGCCCUCCUGAGGCCUGGAGAUGAGCUUUUGGCAGUUGCUGGAGCUCCCUAUGACACACUAGAGGAAGUAAUUGGGAAAAGGGACUCUGGUGGACUGGGUUCUCUCCAAGAUUUCGGGGUGAAGUACCGAGAAGUUCCCCUUGCUGAGGAUGGUGGACUUGAUUGGAAUUCACUGAUGAGUGCUGUCAAACCCAAAACAAAAUGUGCCCUCAUACAACGGUCAUGUGGUUAUUCAUGGCGCCGGAGUUUGAGUGUCAAUGACAUAGCAAGAGCAAUAAAAAUAAUCAAGGUGCAAAAUCCCAGCUGCUCAGUCAUGGUGGACAAUUGCUAUGGUGAAUUUGUUGAAAGCAUUGAACCUCCCAUGGUGGGUGCAGAUUUGAUUGCAGGCAGUUUGAUCAAGAAUCCAGGUGGAACAAUUGCACCAUGUGGUGGAUAUAUUGCUGGGAAGCAAAAAUGGGUUGAAGCAGCUGCAGCUCGUCUUUCUGCACCUGGACUUGGCUUGGAUUGUGGCUCAAUUCCAGGUGAUAUCAUGCGAGCCUUUUUCCAGGGAUUAUUUCUUUCACCUCAAAUGGUUGGGGAAGCAAUCAAGGGUUCCUUCCUGAUUGCUGAAGUGUUGGCAUCUAAAGGAUAUAAAGUGCAGCCACUCCCCCGUGUACCCCGUUCUGAUAUAGUUCAGGCCGUCCAGCUAGGAAGCCGUGAGCGUCUCCUUGCAUUCUGUGAGGCUGUUCAGAGAAGCUCUCCAGUCGGUUCAUAUACCAAACCAGUUGCAGGCACCACUGCCGGAUAUGCAUCAGAGGUGAUCUUUGCUGAUGGGACUUUCAUUGAUGGAAGUACAAGUGAGCUUUCGUGUGAUGGACCUCUUAGAGAGCCUUUUACUGUAUUUUGUCAAGGUGGCAGCCAUUGGACUCAAUGGGGACUAGUCCUUGGAGAAGUUUUGAAAUCUCUUUGACAGAAUCAUUUUUGAGAGAGUAAGUUCAUACAAAAUUUCAGUAUUCAACAUUCGGAUGAUGGAGUGAUUCAGAUUAGUACGGAUACAAUCACACUUCACGAACACCAGUUAAAAUUUAUAUAUACCCUCACUGGUAGAAUUUGUAGCUAGUGUUUAGCUAGUUUAUCGCACUCUUCAUUCUGUUUGAAAAAUGUUUGCGGGGAUUAGAUUUUGAUGCUUUAUAGUUUGUACUUAGUUGAUCAUUAAAAUCUUGUCCAGAGUUGUAGAAAUUCAACACAAGUAAUUUCUCAUAUUUGUAUGUGUAAUCUUUAGUAAUUCAACUUUCAUUUUUUGUUUU